AUGUUAACGGCCAAGAGUCAAAUAGAAAUCGCGACUGAAGAUGGAAUUGAGCGGGUUGCACCACAAAGUAGCUACACGAUGGAUGGUCCAGCGAUGAACAUCAAUAACAGAUCGAACUAUGUACAUGCGGGCAUCUCAUCACUAAUUAACUGCGAAACGCUUCAUAUACAUCCAACCUCAGAUAUAUUUGAUCCAACGAAAAGCUAUGUUGGCUUAAUUAGCUAUUUAACUGGCGAUAUUUAUAUAAGAGAGUCAGAUUGGAUUUUGAACAAUAUAUCACAAAGGAAAGGACGACGUCACGGGGAUUCUUUGCAUGACCGAUUAUUUUAUUCUAUCUAUAGACGUUGGAAAAAACAAAACACAACAUUUAUUGGAGGUGGAUUUUCUCAUGUAGACAAUGAGUGGACAUUUAUCUGUAGAACACUGAAUACAGAGAAUGACGACCAUCAUUUAAAGAAAUUUGACGAAAUAAUCUUACAACUGAUAAUUAAUAAUAUAUACAUCAAUCAUCGAUGGCUAGGAAUGCAUCCUGAUCAUCGUAUCGAUUGUAAAAGUUUAGAUGCAAUGGAACGAAACAAAAAAUAUAUUUGCAGAGCCGAUUCUUCGAAUAUUCAUGUCAACAGAAAACUUCAUGGUACUGUAAAAUGGUUAAACAAUCAACGCCGUCGUCUUGGCUUUAUAGAAUGCAUUGGUCUUGAUAGAGAUUUUUAUAUUCAUGCAACAACCAUAUUGAAUAACCAUUCAUAUUCCGGGGAAAACGUUGAAUUUAAUAUUAUACAAGGAUGUCAUGGAUGGAAAGCGGGAACUAUAACUGCUAUUUGGCCUUAA